AUGAUCCUCUGCUGCCGAUUUGCUGUUGAUGCUUCCCACAUAAAAGGUGUAAAAUCGAUUAAUGGGAAAGAGAAACCGAGAGAAAUAAUUCUGGGAAGAAAUGUGCACACUACUUGCCUCGAGGUAACAGAGCUUGAUGCCGAUGAUGAGGUUACCGGAGAAAGAGAAUCUUAUAUGGCCAGCGUGUUGGCCAGAUAUAGAAAAUCCUUGCUCGAAAGGACAAAACAUCAUUUGGAGGGCAAUCUUCAUGGCAUACUAGUCUGGAGUGAAGUGUCUCCAAAGUUAAAGUAUCUUGAUUACAGCUUCAACAAAGAAUUAUUCUGUUAG